CAAGCUGGGGUAUAAGUGACUAACAGAGUCAUUCCCGUCAGUCAGUCUUGCGAGAGAAUCUACUUGCUCCGGAUCACCUUCAGCGGAUCGCGCGUCUGUGGUGAGAAAUUAAACACCCCGCUUUAACCGAAGCACGUGCCCGGCAUCAAACAAUCGGAAACAGUGACGACAGCAGAAGCAGUAGGAAAUUAGUGUUUGGUGGUGAUUAUUCGCCACGGUGUGCAUAAGCUUUGGGAAAAUUGUUAAUCUGUGCUUGCAUAUAGAGAUCAAAAACAUGCAGCUGUUCCUCAUGACGUUUGCCUUGCUGCUCUACAGCACUGCGGCACAAACAAGAUGGCCAAAGUGGCGCGUUGAACCUAUGGUGAACAGACGAGGCUCUUCUCAACCAACAGAGUUCGGAUUCUCCAGAAGAAGUUCUCAACUGGUGUCACCCAGGGCCUCUCUGAGGCAGACUCCAGCCCAAAACGAUGAGCAGCUCGCCAAUGCCGUUGUGGACAUGGCCCUGGCUAUUGGCCGCAUUGCUGCAGACCCCAACAGCCCGGCGGAAGUUUUCUCCCCGGUCAGUAUCAUGGGAGUGUUGAACAUGCUGCUGCUGGCAGCGGACGGAGUAACGAGAGCCGAGCUGUACGGUGCCCUACGGGUCAACGAUAAGACCGCCUUUGGGAUGUACCAUCGGCGAGCCACGGGAAUGCUGAAAAAUUUCCAAUCGAACCAGCCUGCACAGUUGGACCGGCUGUCUUGGAAGGCAGAAUCAUGCGUCAGCCAGGAUUACGACUAUGAAUACGGAGAUGAUACGUACAAGGUGCCGCCAAUUGAAAAAGUCCACAUUCUCAAACUAGCAAACGCCAUUUUUGCCCAGGACAACCUAGCCCUGAGCCAGAAAUUCUCGAUGGCCGCCAACGAGUUCUACGGUGCAAACACCCAGCGGGUCAAUUUCCGGAAUGCUGCCGCCGCUGCUUCAACCAUCAAUAACUGGGUCUACAAGGCGACCAACGGCAAAAUUCGAGAAAUUGUCUCCGGGUCCUUCUCGAGCGAAACCUCACUGGUCAUCGCCAGCUCGCUGUACUUCAAGGCCACCUGGCAGAACGAAUUCAUCCCGAAGAUCACCAAACCGAAGGACUUCUUCCCGGACGGAAAGGGUCGACCAUCGGUCAAGGUGGACAUGAUGUCACUGAUCGAGUGCUUGCCGUACCAUUACGAGAAGAGCAUGGGCUUCAAGAUGAUCGGCCUGCCGUACAGUGACAAUUCGACCACCAUGUACGUCAUGCUGCCUCAGGAUUCCACGAGGGGCAAGGUCCGCGACCUGCAGAGUCGUCUCACUGCGGCCAAGAUCGAUUCCAUGAUUCCGCUGAUGACCCGCCGCUCGGCAACCGUCAGCUUCCCAAGGAUGCAGCUAGAAUCAUCCACCAAUUUGCAGAAAGCCUUCCGUAUGCUCGGAAUCAAAUCAAUCUUCAAUGCCCAGCACAGCAAUCUGCAGAACAUGUUGGAGCCAAGUGCACAGAAGCUACAGAAAUUGUUUGUAAGUGAAAUCAAUCACAAGGUCAAUCUGAGCGUAGACGAGAAGGGCACGGAAGGCGCAGCAGUCACGAUGACUCUCAUAGAUCGAUCGGCCUCAGCGGUCUACUUCAACGUGAACCAGCCGUUCCUGAUCUACAUAAGGCAUGAUCCCACCCGGCUUCCACUGUUUUACGGAGCCGUGUUCGAUCCACGAGGCUAGAAGUUCCCUGGCUGUAUUAUUUCAAUGUCGCUAGAGACACCAAGUGAACGCCAAAGAAACAAUAACUAGUAUUAUUGAAUAUUUAUUGUUAGUAUAGCCUCUCGAAUAAUCAUGUUUUUAUAUUAAAAUAAAGCAAUCAAUCGAA